AUGGCGGUGAGGCCUUCUUCCCUUGCCAGCAUCCUGAAGCUUACAAAAUCCGGCCAUGCGAUGCAGACUGAAGCAACUUUAAGCCGUUUUCUUCUUCUGGAGCCAAUGCAUAAAGAGAGCAGUGCUUGCGACGAGACGCAAGUGUUCGGCACACCAUCGACCACCACGUCUGGGCACCAAAUCGCGCUUGUGGGCAUCGGCAGCAUGGGCGCCGACCUUGGCCACGCCCAGCUCGAGAACGACAUAGCCAUCACAAUCUGGAACAGGACAAUGGACCUCCCACGCGUCAAGGGGUCUGGUCGACGCCGGCGCCGCGCUGGCAGCUGA